GGAGGGGACAGAGGGACAUCCCGGGAGGGGAGCGGGGCAGCCCGGGAGGGGAACGGGUCAUCCCGGGGCCGCCCCCGGCCGCUCCCCCGGCGCUGCCGUCAGCCGCCACCGCUGACGGGCCGUGACGGGCAAUGACGCGCGGCGGCAGCCGGAGGGGAGGGGCGGCCCCGGCACCGGGCUCGGGUACCGGCUCCGGUCCUGGCUCCGGUCCCGGCUCCGCCCCGCUCCGCCCCGCGCCCGCGGCGGAGGCAGCCGUCCCGGGGGCCGCUGCCCCGGGCGCUGCGGGGACCGGCUCGCUGCGGGCCGAAGGAGGCGGACAUCCAACACCGGGAGCAUCUCAGCGAUCGCGGCCCACCGUGCUGGCCGGCAGGACACGGGACAAUGCGGCUCCCACCGGGGCUGAGGAGGGCUCCGUGCGAUGGGCACCGCUGCAGUGAACCCCUCGUUCAGCGGACACCGCCUGCGCGGCUGAGCUCCGGGAGCGGAGCGGGAGCAGCAGGAGAGGCAGGAUGACACUCAGUUAAACUUUCGGGGGAGCCAAAUAAUAAUAACCCCCAAAAUAAUGAAUCUGGGCUGUGAGACGGCCCAUUCCUC